GGCGUCUGAUUGGCUGAUUGGACUCAGGUGUGCAGCAGACAGGAGCAGGUCUGAGAGAGCCUCCUCACUGUGGAUUUUAUAUGCUGAAAAAAAACCCAAAACAAACAUAAGUACAUUUGCAACUCGCCUCCUUUAAAAUGGACAACAGCCCCUUGGCCUGUGGAUCCUGUUGGUCUAAAGUCCAGGUUUUGGUGCAGACUGUGAGCGUGAAGAAGCCCAUAGACCCAGUGGGGGGUGACUCGGGCUUCUCUCGUCGCCUGAGCACCAUAGACCUCAUCGGGCUUGGUGUGGGGAGUACCCUGGGUGGGGGAGUGUACGUCCUCUCCGGUGAGGUGGCUCGUGAGGCGGCUGGUCCCAGUAUUGUCCUCUCUUUCCUGGUAGCAGCAGUCGCGUCUGUGUUCUCGGCGUUGUGCUAUGCUGAGUUUGGGGCGCGGGUUCCUAAGAUGGGGUCUGCUUACCUCUACACUUACGUCACUGUGGGGGAGCUGUGGGCCUUCAUCACGGGCUGGAACCUGCUCCUGUCCUACAUCAUCGGAACAUCCAGUGUGGCCAAAGCAUUUACCGGAGCAUUUGAUGACCUCAUCGAUAAUGCAAUUGAUCAAACUCUGGAGCAGCACAUGCCCAUGAACUCGCCUGGUCUCGCCCCCUACCCAGACUUUUUCUCUGCAGCAUUUGUCAUGCUAAUGGCAGGAGUGCUGGCAUAUGGAGUGAAGGAGUCGGCCAUCUUGAAUACAAUCUUCACUGGUCUGAAUGUGGCUGUGCUCAUCUUCAUCAUCAUCUCAGGGUUUGUCAAAGGAGACAUCAGAAACUGGAGGCUCAGCAAAACAGAGCUGAACUACACUGCACAUAUAAGGAACCUGUCUUUUCCUCAGAACUCCUCCGACUCGCUCUUUGGGUCUGGAGGGUUUUUCCCAUUUGGAUUUGAGGGAACUUUAUCUGGAGCAGCCACAUGUUUCUACGGCUUUGUGGGCUUUGACUGUAUCGCCACCACAGGUGAGGAGGUGGAGAACCCAAAGAAGGCUGUUCCUCAGGGCAUCGUGGUCUCUCUAUUGUUGUGUUUUUUGGCAUAUUUUGGUGUCUCUGCUUCACUGACACUUCUGAUGCCCUACCACCUGCUGGACUAUCACAGUCCUCUGCCUGUAGCAUUCGAGUACGUGGGCUGGGACCCGGCCAAAUACGUUGUGGCUGUGGGCUCCCUGUGUGCCCUGUCCACCAGUCUCUUGGGCGCGAUGUUGCCUAUGGCUCGUGUGCUGUUUGCUAUGGCCAGAGAUGGACUGCUCUUCAAACCUCUGAGCUUCGUUAGCUCCAGACAGAGCCCAGUGCUGUCCACACUGGUCUCCGGAGCUGUGGCCGCCUUCAUGGUGCUGCUGUUUGACCUCAAAGCCCUGGUCGACCUGGGUUCUAUUGGAACCAUCUUCGCCUACACUCUGGUGGCCGUCUGCAUCCUUGUCCUCAGAUACAGAGAAGACCACUUCGUCAGAAGGAGGGAGGACUUCAGUGUGAUGGGUCUGCUUAUCCCUCCACACAAAGCCACUUCACGGACCUCUAAGAACGUCCGGGUGCUCAUCAUCUGCAUCUUGCUGUUGGUUCUGGUGCUGAGUCUGCUUCUGUCUGAAGCCCUGGUCUUCCUCCAGUCUUUGAAGGUCUGGGCCGUGGUCUUGGUCUCAGUCCUGGUCUUCAUCCUGGUCCUGGCUAUGGUCCUGAUCUGGAGACAGCCUCAGAACUCCACCAGAGCCUCCUUCAUGGUCCCGUGGGUGCCCCUGAUCCCCGUCCUUAGUCUCUUCAUAAACAUUUACCUGAUGGUGCAGUUUGGAGCAGACACCUGGAUCAGCUACAGCGUCUGGAUGCUGCUGGGUCUGGUGAUCUACUUCUCGUAUGGUCUUCAUCACAGCACUCAGAGAGGACAGACUCACAGCGCACAGGAAAACUUUGCUCGCAUCAUAAGGAAUUCUGUGCACUUCCAGAACCACAACCCUGCAGCAUAGAACCAUCAACCACCACAUCCCUGCAGCACAGAACCAUCAACCACCACAUCCCUGCAGCAUAGAACCAUCAACCACCACAUCCCAACAACAUAGAACCAUCAACAUUUGUGCAUCAGUCUCAAGAUCCCAAGAUGCUUUGAAGGACUUUGAGGACUUUUGAUCAUAGAAAAUGUAUGCAUUUUAAAAAUUUUAAGUUGAUCAAUACAGCAACAUUAACACCUUUUCAUCACUCUGAAACUUGAUUGAUUGUUGUGUGCAUCUGCCCUCACCAUCCUGCCGUCUUUAGUAAAAUUCUUAAAACAUCUACAUCAAAAAAUAAUUUAUAAAAAAGCUUAAGGAAUUCUCAGAUAAAUGUAGUAAUUUAACAGCUGAGACCGACCUGAUUUGCCUAAUAGUAAAAAUAAUGCUUUGAGUUUAUAUAGAACCUUUACAGAUUAUAAACACUUUAUAGACUGCAUUAUUCACUCAGUCCAGAGCCACUUCUGUAGCCACAGCUGCCCUGGGGCUGACUGACAAAAAUGAACAUCUGAAACCACUACAGUCACGCAGAAAUGAUGGAGAAGUGUCUUGCUCAAGGACACAAUGAAUAAAAUGUGCAGAUAUUUAUAUAAUGUGCUGUUGAAAAUACAUUUUACAUGUUGUGUGUGAUUUACUGAAACCCUCAGUGUUUGUUUUAAUUAGUGAAUGUCUAAAAUGUUCUAAAAUAUUCCAAGGUGACUCAUCUUGUGUGUUCAGCUUUUAGCCAAAAGUUGAAGUUUUUGAAUCUCUCAUGUUUUAUUGUGAACUGUCUUGAUAUGAUGUUUUUUGAACAGAUCUUAUGAAUAUGUUUUAGAUGUGCUGUUGAAGUGUUCUUGACUGAUCAGUCCUGGAUCUGAAACUGUUUAACCUGUGAAUUUGUAAUACUUUUUAAUUUGUAUAAAAUAAAUAUUAAUUUUAAUUGUAAAUUCAGGCAAUGUUUUUGUUACAAGUUCUUCUAAGUAACUGAUAUGCAAUAAAUAAAUAACCCUUUAGCCAUUUUUAGGUGGCCUCAUGUCG